GAGGCCAUUAACGUGAGCUUGGCACGAGAUCCACCGCGUCGCCAUGCUCGAGAGCACGCUCUCGGCUCGCCGGGCGCCACCCGGCGCCGAGGAGAACGACGGAGACGAUGAAUCCAAGACAAGGAAGCACGCUCCUCUCCACUCCCGUCUCAACAUGCUCCUCUCCCCCCGUCUCGGCCCCUUCACCGCCGCAACCACCGCCUCCCCUUCUCCUUGCCUCGCUUUCGCCUUCGCUGUCCCUCUUCUCGUCUGCUUUGCCUUCGUUUACGCCUAUUUCUCCCGCCCCAGCACCUGUGCUUGUGUCUCCACCCACGACUCGCUCUCCCGCAUCGCCUUUCUCGGGGGUGGAAGCCUCGAAGGGCUUGCCUCCGAUUUCGGAUCUCUUGGCGUCCCUUGGUGUAGAUCUAAACAGGGGAAAAUGGUAGAGUGGACUUCAAAGGACCUGCUCAAAGCCCUUGAGGAGUUUGUGCCGAUCUAUGAAACCCGACCUAUCCAGAACAACAUGUAUGGCAUGGGAUUUGACCAUAGCUUUGGGCUUUGGUUCAUGGCACGAUGGCUUAAGCCGGAUCUGAUGAUAGAGAGUGGUGCUUUCAAAGGGCAUUCUACAUGGGUCCUGCGCCAAGCAAGGCCUGAGACACGCAUUAUCUCUCUUUCGCCCCGACACCCUGAGAAGUAUCUGCGGAAGGGACCGGCUUAUGUUGAUGUGAACUGCACAUACUAUGCAGGGAAAGAUUUUGUGGAUUUUGGAAAUGUUGACUGGAGAAGUGUUCUAAAGAAACAUCAUAUCACAGAUCUCAGUCGGGUUCUUGUUUUCUUUGAUGAUCAUCAGAAUGAACUCAAGAGAGUGAAGCAAGCGCUCAAAGCUGGAUUUCAGAAUCUUAUAUUCGAAGAUAAUUAUGACACUGGGACUGGUGAUCACUAUUCUCUGAGACAGAUAUGUGAUCAGUUUUACAUCAGAGGUGGUGGACAUUCCUGCUUCAAGGAUGGUGAUGAAGCUAGGAUAAGGAUGAAACGGAAGAAGUUCUGGGACAAGGCUGUGAACAUCAAUGAACUCUGUGGGCCGGGGGAAGCAUGGUGGGGUGUGAGGGGUUACAUGCGGGAUGAUUUUAAUCACAGCAAUAAGGCGAUCUCAUAUGCAGAACAUUUUCAGAAUAGCAGGUUCAUUGAGUCUAUUUUAGAUGUGUACUGGGAGCUCUCACCAGUGGCCGGCCCAUCGCUCACCCACCAAACAAGAUACGACCCGGCACGGUCCUCUGAACCUAUCAUUGAAGAUGGCCGAUUUGGCAUGUUUAAGAGGCUUGGUCUAACGAAAUUUGAUUCUUCUGUUUUUAAUGGAUACACACAGAUGGUUUAUCUUCAGAUAUCUGCAUCCCCAUCAUGAUCAUCUAGGAAGAGUAUUCAGGUGACUCAUUUGAGAUCUAUUAACUAGUUCAAUCUGUCAUCUUGUUUUGACUAUGACUGAAACUCCAGUUGCUGUACAUAGAUUUUGAUCAUUUGAAUGAAUUCACAACAUUUAGACGA